GCAAAACUCGGCCCAGCGACCCCGGGGCGGGGAAUAGACGAGGCCCGAGGGUGGAGUGGGAGCCGGAGUGGGGGAGACGUUGAAGUCCCCGCAAGCUCGCCCUGCUGAGGGUCCCGGGGGAGAAGGCGGAGCGCAGCGAGCGGAGGGAAGAAAACACUCUUUUUAGAGCCUCUUACUGGUAUCACCAGAAAUGUCUUCCUUAAGUGGGAAAGUCCAGACGGUGUUGGGCCCCAUGGAGCCCAGCAAACUGGGCCGUACCCUGACUCAUGAACAUCUGACGAUGACCUUUGACUGCUGUUACUACCCGCCUCCUCUGUGUCAUGAAGCCACAUCUCAGGAACCUAUUAUGAUGAAAAACUUAUUCUGGAUUCAAAAAAACCCUUAUUCCCAUAAAGAGAAUCUUCGGCUGAAUCAGGAGAUGGAAGCCGUAAGGGAAGAACUGUUGUAUUUUAAAGCCAAAGGCGGAGGGGCUGUGGUGGAGAACACGACCGUUGGGAUUAGCCGAGACAUGAAGGCUCUGAGAUGGUUUACGGAAGAGACAGGCGUCCACAUCAUAGCUGGAGCUGGGUUUUACGUGGAGGCAACUCACUCCCCGGAGACCAGAGCCAUGUCGGUAGAGCAGCUUACUGAUGUCCUCGUUAAUGAAAUUCUCCAUGGAGCUGAUGGAACUAGUAUCAAGUGUGGCGUCAUUGGAGAAAUUGGCUGCUCCUGGCCUCUGGCUGAGAGCGAAAGGAAGGUUCUUCAAGCAACAGCUCAUGCUCAGGCUCAGCUAGGCUGUCCUGUUAUUAUUCAUCCUGGAAGGAAUCCAAGUGCACCAUUUCAGAUUAUCCGAGUAUUGCAAGAAGCCGGUGUAGACAUCUCCAAAACGGUUAUGUCUCACAUCGAUAGGACUAUACUUGAUAAAACGGAACUACUAGAGUUUGCUCAACUUGGCUGUUACUUGGAAUAUGAUCUCUUUGGGACCGAACUCCUUCAUUACCAAUUCAACCCGGAUAUCGACAUGCCCGACGAUAAUAAAAGAAUUAGAAGAGUGUGUCUUCUGGUGGAUGAGGGCUAUGAAGACCGAAUUCUGAUGGCGCAUGACAUACAUACGAAGCAUCAGCUAAUGAAAUAUGGAGGUCACGGCUAUUCUCAUAUACUCACCAACAUUGUUCCUAAAAUGUUGCUUAGAGGUAUCACUGAGAAUGCAAUUGAUAAGAUACUGAUAGAAAACCCUAAGCAAUGGCUAACUUUCAAAUAGGGUGGUUGUUUAUGAGUUCACAUCUUGAGUAUCAGGCUUGCGGAGAACAUUUUUCAGUGAUUUCGAGCGCAUUGUGAGAUAUUAAUCAGAGCCCUGUAGGACUAAUAGUGGGCCCUUUCCUUUUUAUGGGAAUUAGAAGAGUUUUGCCUUCUCAGAAACUGCGGUUACCCCUGUACCUUAAGAAGUUACUAACCUGAUUCAGCCCUAUUGUUUUGCCUCCACAAAAUAAAUACAGAAAUACCUAUUUCCAAACAGUGAUUUACAGUCUGUGCCCCCUUAGUGGAGUUUUUUGUUUUGUUUUGUUUUCUUAAUCUAUCAGCUGCACUACUUGAGAAAAUUUAAAGUGUUUCUAGUUAAAUUACCCCCUUCUGGAGCAAUCUAAUGUUACUUGUAAUAUUAAUGAUCCUACUAAUUAUCCUGCUGUUCUUUAAUUAAUGCUUAAUGAAUAAUACGGCACUUUAAAAUAGCUUCAGCAGCAAAGGAAGUUACAUUUUGAGGCUUUUUUUCCCCCUGGAGGAUAUUGUAAUACAAUUACCAAUUCACAAU